AUGGACGAGCCGAGCGGGUGCGUCUCGCUCCCUCCUCGACCUUCCCCUUCUUCCUCGCCAGGCUCAGCAUCUGAGUCAGCGGGUUCACUCCCCCAGCCGUCUUCUCCAGUCUCUCCUGUCCCCUCAGCUGUUUCUUCCUCUUCUGUUUCCUCUUCUGGCGUGGACAGCGACUGUUGCGUCGACGAUUCUCUGUACUCUGUGGACGUGAAGGCGAUGCGUUACCUGUCGCUUUCUGCGUUUCUCAAGGCUGGCCUACACCAAGUCGUUUCUGCCUUUUCCGCGUCCGACGCACCGAGUGUCUCUUCUGGGAUGCCGUUGCCUCCGUUCCGCUCCUACGCCGCUCUCAACGCGGCUUUCCAUGGCGCUGCGGAGAGAGAAGAAAUCCGAAGAGAGGAAGAGGUGCGCGAGGCGGACCAGCCGUGGUCCGCCGACGGGGGAACGGAGGAGGAAGGCAACACCCCAACGGAGACAGCUGCAAACCUUCUGAAGGGGUCUGAACGCGGGGACUCCGCGACUCCGCUCUUCUCAGUGCCGUUCCUAGACGUGGUCCGGUCUCUUUGGCCGUACGGCGCAGAGGCCGCGGAGGGAGCGGCUGGGAACGCCGAGAACAACGCUGCCGACGGUGACCUUGCUGAGAUCCUGUCGAUGAAGCAGCUCGCGCUCGUCGACGCUGGGGUGUACGUCCGGCCGAACCUGUCUGAGAUGCUGGCCGGCCUCGAGGACGAGAACCAAAUGCGGAAUUUGGUGAACCGCUGCCGCGCCAUUGACGAGGAACUCGCCCGUCUUUUUGAGCGGAAGAAAUGCGAGAAAGACGAGGCACAGCUGCAAUGCGCCUCUUCCAGCGCUUCUCUCUCGGCUGUCUCUGAGGCGAGUUGCCCCCGUCAAACUCGCGCCGAAUCGCCUUCCUCUUUGCCUUCCUCGAUGCCUGCCUCGAUGCCUCUCCCUGCUGAGCAAGCGUCGCUCCUCCGUCUCGCGGCUGUUUCCGCUGAGGCGACGCGGCUGCAGGAGGAGAAAAGGAGGCUCCAGAGACGAAUGGAGCACCUUCGGGCUCUGUCGCGAGACCUCUGGAGUCUGUUCGGCCUCGACACCCAGCGCGAUCGCGUCUCUCUCGCGCUCUUCCAGGCACUUUUCUGCUCGAACCCCCGAUGCCCCGUCCAAGCCAGAGAGGCCGAAACGCUCUUUCAGCUGUGCCAGGGAGACGGCGAGAAGGGCGAACUUGCCUUCGAGGACAUGCUCCUCGGCUUGCCGACGGGGGCCUACGAAGUGAUGUUUGUCGUCCGAGAAAUGAAGAGGAAAACUAGACAGACUUACCGCUACUUCUGGAUAUAG